AUGUUCACAACUUGCUCUGUAAGCGGAUCCAGGAAGCCUUUUCCGGCGUUGUCCAAUUGAACCCGGCCUCCCCACCUCCACACCUGCCGCAGCCGUUCCGUCACAAGCCGAGCUGUAAGUUCCGCCUGCCAUGUCUUUAAAGUCGCUGGCCCUCGGAAGGGCGACCAGCGUUUGUUGGAACGCUUUGCUCCAUGCACCAACACCUUUUCCCUUGAUUCCCUUUUCUCAAGACUUCCUCUGGCUUUUGCAUUAUCCCUUGUUGAGCGAUCUGUAUCACGGUAAUGGCGGGGCAAUUCAGAAACGCGCUGCGCGUGUCGCCACAUCUAAGAACCGGCUCGGCUCGGCUGUUCUCAUCACAUGCCAGCCUCCGUCAAGAGAUUCGGGAUGCCUAUAUUCUAAGUGCAUCCCGAACGCCUACAGCCAAAUUCAAUGGAUCGUAUGUGAACGUAACUGGCCCCCAGCUCGGCGCUGUCGCCAUCAAAUCAGCCCUAGAAAAGUCCAAGGUUCCUGUCUCCAAGAUCACCGAUGUGUACAUGGGGAAUGUCCUCCAGGGCUCCGUUGGGCAGGCCCCGGCGCGUCAGGCCUCCAUUUUCGCUGGGCUCCCCCCUACCGUCGAAGCGAUCACCAUCAACAAGGUGUGCGCCUCCGGGCUGAAGGCGGUUGUGUUUGCGGCGCAGAACAUCCAAUUGGGUCUGUCCGAGGCGCAGAUCGCGGGAGGCUUCGAAAACAUGUCGAGAGUGCCAUACUACGUACCCCGCGCGAGCGGGUUGCCCGCCUUUGGUCAUGUGAAGAUGGAGGACGGCCUCAUCAAGGAUGGUCUGACCGACGUCUACGACCAGAUCCACAUGGGCAACUGUGCCGAGAAUACAGCCAAGAAGUAUGAAAUCUCGAGGGAGGCGCAAGACGAAUACGCCAUCCAAUCCUACGAGCGGGCGCAGGCCGCCUGGAAGACGAACGCUUUUGCCGACGAGAUUGCGCCCGUUACGGUGAGGGGCAAGAAGGGCGAUACGGUUAUCACAACCGACGAGGGAUAUCUGGACAUCAAGCUGGAGAAGGUACCCACGCUCAAACCGGCGUUUAUCCGCGAUGGUACCGGCACCGUGACGGCGGCCAACUCGUCCACGCUCAAUGACGGCGCAAGCGCGCUGGUGCUGGGUAGCAAGGCGAUUGCGCAGGAGUUCGGCGCUGGCUCGCGGGUCCUCGCGCGCAUCUGCAGCUCGGCUGAUGCCGCUGUGGAUCCCAUUGACUUCCCCAUUGCCCCCGCCAAGGCUGUGCCCAUUGCCUUGGAGCGGGCCGGUAUCACCAAGGACCAGGUCGCUGUGUGGGAGUUCAACGAGGCUUUCGCGGCGGUGAUCAAGGCUAAUGAGAAGAUCCUCGGUCUGAAGGGCGCAAGAGUGAACCCGCUGGGUGGAGCUAUCGCUUUAGGCCAUGCCCUCGGCAGCUCAGGUUCACGAAUCCUGGUGACACUGCUCCAUCAGCUGAAACCCGGCGAGUAUGGUGUUGCAGCCAUCUGCAAUGGUGGCGGCGCGGCAACGGCGAUGGUGGUGCAGAGGAUCGAGUCUGUCUGAUUCAUGAUUCGGAACAUCUGGGUGGUGGUUUCCAAGUUGAUAUUGCUGGACAUUUAUUAAGGGUUAGGGCUGUCUCAGCCAUUGACGCUCAGAUCUCAAUCAAGAGGAUCCGGAAAGGCCAAAUACCAAAGCUCAAACUUUAAAACGCUAAUAAACUGAGU